AUGAGACCACUUACAGAAGAAGAAACUGUUAAGCUGUUUGAGAAGUUGGCAAAGUACAUUGGAGGCAAUAUCAAGCUAUUAUUGGAGAGAGAUGAUGGCAAUUAUUGCUUUAGAUUACACCGGGACCGCGUCUUUUAUUGUAGUGAAAAACUCAUGAAGACUGCCGCUGUUGUCGGGCGGAAGGAACUGAUUAGCUUCGGAACAAGUCUCGGCAAAUUCACAAAAGGAGGGAAGUUCUUCUUACACAUUACUGCUCUCGAUUAUCUUGCUCCUUAUGCAAAAGUAAGUCUGACUUUGAAAAUAAAUAUGAAUGGUUUUAGUGGAAGGUAUGGCUCAAACCAUCAGCCGAACAGCAAUUCUUGUACGGAAACAACAUUUUGAAGUCUGGGGUUGGAAGAAUGACCGAGGGAACCGAAGCCCGUCAAGGAGUGGUGGUCUACAGUAUGGACGACAAGCCGCUCGGCUUCGGCGUUACUGCCAAGGGAACGGCCGAAUGUCGGCGGGCUGAUCCCACCACACUAGUGGUCCUUCAUCAAGCGGAUCUUGGAGAAUACAUCCGUUCGGAAGACACUUUGUUGUAA